AUGUUCGGGCCGGCAGUAUGGAUGCGUUUGCUACUCUAUGAGUUUGCAUAUCUUUCCAAGAUACGCCGCCUUAGUAUCUCUCACAACUUCGAUUAUCAGUUUGAACUCGUUGAUAAAGUCCUCUAUACCAAAAUCUUUGGCCAGCUCCCUGCACUGGAAAGACUUGACGUCUUAGAUAAGUCUAAGGACGUAAUGACCAUCUUCUACCUGCCAGCGAUCACUCGCCUAGCUAUCUCAUUGAGGAACCCAGACAGAUUCUAUUUGCUAAUGGGUAAGCCGCCUGCUCUCAAUCUACUCACCUCGUUACACAUAGAUGGCUGGUCAGCGACUUUCAUGCCUAAAACACUUGCCCUUGCGCGGAACCUAAAGGCACUUUCUUGGUCGUAUUUUCCAGAACCCGCGAGUAUUAUACACCUUGAUUUUGAUGAACUCAUAACGGCCCUGUCGUAUGUCAGACAUACGUUGGAAAGAUUACAAUUCAACCUGGCCAUCUACAGUUACGGGGAGUCUAGAUCAUGGCUUGAAGAAUCUCAUCAGUUAACCGACCUGGAUCUGCCAUUAGUGUCUCUGGCAGGCUUUCGGUCUUAUCCUCUGCCCCUAAAGCGCCAUAUUCCCUAUAACGUUGAAGUAAUUUCUCUCUCAAGUGAAUUGCUCCUUAAGAGAGCAGCCCUAUGGAUGGAUGGGGAUGGAAAUUGGCGGGACAGACUCGAUAAGAACGUUCUAAAUAUCCUUCGGUCUUUGUCGUAG